GUGCUCAGUACGUUUCCAGAAAAUGGUCGGAUUGUGUGUCGAGGUCUGACACGUAUUUAUCUAAUAAUCGUAAAUAUAUUUUUGUAACUUUGCUAUGUUGUUCAAUUAAUCGUCGCUUUGAUAGCACAAACUUAUUUAAAAUUGAAAAAUGGAGUUCAGAGAGACGCUGCUGGCCGCUCAACGGAAUCAACAGGAAAAGUCUUCUGCUAGGAGAACCUAUUAUAAAGCUCGAUUUGAUCCUCCAAAGAAAGAACAGAAGUCGCGGGAUCAGCUCUCAGCUAACAUACAGAAGUUUCUAGCUAAGAAGGAAGAAGAGGAAAGACAAAAAAAACUAGAUGCACAACGCAAAAAAGAUGAACUACUUGCUAUGCGAGACCCGAAGGCAUUGCGAAAAAUUCAGAAAACAUUAAAGGUGAUUAAGUCCGCCAAUAAGUCUGUGUUAGCGGACGCGAUUGACACCGAGCAUACAGCUGUUACGAGGGAGGGUCCUGAUCAACCAGACCAGGAUGACUACGGCUAUGAGUCUCAGGAAGCUGCAGCUUUAUAUGAAAAGAUGAUGCAGAAGUAUAGCAAGAUGCCUGAUGAACCAAAAUUUCCUACAAGCAGUAAUAAUAUAAAUAAAGACUUAAAUGGUACUCGGGAGAGAGUGAAGCACGCCUUGCAACAUGAAGACGAACCUGUGCCCCACAAGCGAAGACGGCGGACAGAAAAUGGUGACAAAGAAAGAGAGUCAAGCCCUCCACAAAAAUAUGAACCUGAGAGGAAAAAGGAUGAGAAAGCUGAAAAACCCAAGUUCCGCAAACCGGCGCCUCCUCCCAUGGACUUUAAUCAGCUGUUAAAACUUGCUGAGCAGAAAAAGAGCGAACCGUUGGAAGUGGCCAUAAAGAAAGCUAUACCCGAAUCUGAAUCCGUUAGACCGAUGACAAAGAAACAAAAACGAGAAUAUGAGGAAGAAAUGGCGCGUCGGCAACGGAGACAGGAACGUAUGGAAGCAGAAAAGUCUGGCCGGAAAGUUGUCAAAGAGGAACGAAAGGUUGAAAGAGAAAAGCCAGAGAAGAAAUCUGAACCAUCCGGUUUUGGCAGAAUCCCCAAACUUGGCGACAAAAAUACCAGCAAUCAGAAAAGUGAAGCCUCCAAAUCUAAAAAUGAAAAAGACAGACAUAACAGUGAACGAGAAAAAGCUGAUCGGAUACAACGAGAAAAAGAUAGAGUGAGGUCUGAAAGGGAGAAAAUAGAGAGUGAGAAACAAAGACAGGAAAAAGAGCGAUUUGAAAAAUUAAAAGCCGAACGAGACAGGAUUGACAGAGAAAUGGAGAAAUUCAGAGAAAAGGAAAAGCUUGAGAAGACUAAAGCAAAGUUAGAAAAGACAUCUGAUAAAAACAAAUCAGACAAAAAUAUUGACAGAUCUAAAAUAAGGGAAAACGAAAUCAAAAAGAGUAUAGAUUUAAAGAGUCAAAACACUUACAGGAUAGACAAGAGUUCUAAUGAGAAAAGGUUAAAUGUGCCACAGAAGGGCGACCAGAGACUUAAUGGACAUGUACAGGGUAAACCCAUUCCGAAAUUGGGAAAGGAAUUAAAUAGAAGUGACAUUAAAGAAAAACAAAAGAGUGCAAUUGAUAGAUCUCAACCGAGUAACGGAAUUAGGACAGAUAAAAAAUUACCAGAUGCAAGAAGGCUAGAUGAAAAGAGGCCAAUGACAAACAAACCUGCACCGGGUUCGAGCAAAGCGGCAGUAAACAAUAGUUUUGAUUUCGAUAAACACGUCAACUCCUUGGGCAAGAACGGAAGCAAGUUUCCACCUGGUGCAGUCAAGAGGAAACCACACCCUGACGAAAUUAGGAAGCAGCAAAAACGUCGUAUGGUGCAGUCUGAUUCGGAGUACGAUUCCGAAAUGGACGACUUCAUUGACGACGGGGACGAGAACUUGGAUUAUUCGACGCACAUAAAAGAAAUAUUUGGUUACGACAAGGCAAAAUAUCGGGAUUUAGACGAUGAUGACGACCCCUCGAUGGAGUCCAGUUUCUCUCGGCAACAGCGGGAGGAAUAUAUAAGCAAGAAAAUAGGGAUAAUGGAAGACUUAGAAGAUAUGCGAAUGGAGGCGAUGGAGAAGAGUAAAAAGAAAAAGCAAAGACGAAUUAGUGAUGACUGAUGGAUAGACCCGCGUCCUGCGUAUUCUACACGGACCAAGCAAUCAAUUACUAAAUUAUUUAUGUUAGCUUUAGAAUAUAUUAAUGUUUUAGCUUUGUGAUUUGUGUAGGCUUGAGAUGCGUGCCAUAUCUCAUGAGACAAAAUGACAUAUCGUCGACCAAUACCAGCAGAUAGAAAAACGAUAUUUCUAGUUCGGUCGCUAUUCCUCGACAAUGUCUUUUUUUCUCCACGUGAUAUGUCAUGGCGUGCAUCUUAAGCCUAAUGAAAUGUUUUAAAUUUUAGUUUUAUUUAUCAAUUAUGUUGUGUAUCAAUUCGGCUUCUGUGAUUUUUACAGGGGUAUCUAGACAGUCAAGUUAAAUUAUCAUCCAUACUAAUAUUAUAAAUGUGAAAGUGUAUGGGUCUGUUUGACCGUCUUUCAGGGCAAAACUUAACGACGGAUUGACGUGAUUUUUAAGUGGAGAUAGUUAGGAGGAUGGAGAGUGACUAACCUACUUUUUGUGUCUUUCUAACCGCAUUCCGCAAUUUUCAAGGUAGAAAGGUAAAAAUUGAUAGGCGGACUAUUUCUGACUAAUAAACCGUACAUAUUUUUUUUUAAAUCCACCAACCCCUUAAAAGAGGGGGUAAAAUUUUAUAUGUCACUUUUCAAGCAUAUGGCAGUUAGGUAGGGUAGGGGAUGGGUAGAGUAGUGGUAUUGUAGGGGUAAUAAGACAGGGGCAGGGUAGGGCUUGGUAGAAGUGGAGUAGGGUAGGGAAGAAGUGCACAUAAAUCAAGGGAAGCUUGACCGGGUCCGCUAGUCAUUAAUAAAGUUACCAAAUAGUGCCUUUGCAAUGGUCAUUACUCUUAUCUGUGUACAAGUUCUUUCGUAAUCUUCACUUUAAAUUAAUUCACUUUUUUUUAAAGGGAAUGCAAUUGAUGAUAUCUAUUCGUCUACUACUUUCUCUGUCUACGCUCAAGUAACACACACAAUCAUAAUCAUCACAAGUAUUAUAACAUUUUUGAAAUGACCGUCUAGUAACCCCCUUAAGCAACGCGUAUAUUAUGAAUCAUCACUAAACGUAAUAAUCAUGAUUUUUUUUAUUGUUUACUUUAAAAUUUAUUACCUAGUUUAUUAUUUUUAAUGAAGCAGGUAAAAUUGACAGGUCAUCUAUAGUUACAAUAACAAGUUAUAUUUUAUUUUAGCCACAUUUAAUUAUUGCACACCUGGAUGUUUUUUAUUUUACUAUUAAUUUCCUGAACUAAUUUUGAUAGAACUUCAAUGCUACAAUAAAUGUUCAGGAAAAUAGCAUUGUUUGUAAAACUGUCAGUAAGAUAGAUCAAUUAAGGUUUUAACAAAAUGCUAUUUAUAUACGUCGGUUUAGAUUUGAUCAGAAAUAUGUUGUGUUUAAGUUUGUAAUAUUAAUUUAAUAUUAUCGAAUAAACAAAUAAUGGUGUCAAUUUACAUGUACAUAGAUUCUUAACUAAAAUGACAGCUCUUGAAAUGAAAGUGUAAAAAGAAAAAGUUGUUGAUGGAAUAUGUAAUAGAUUGGCGUGUCGGGUGUCAAUUUAGAUAUUCGUUUUUAAAGAUUUAGAUAUUUCUUGUCAUUAAAAAAUAGUUCAGUCUUGUGUCUGAAUAGGUUUUUCAAUACGGGGAUAAAAUAUAGUCUAUGGCACUCACAAAUUACAUGGCUCGAAUCCAGUACUCAUAUGUUUUGUAUCCAUUGUUGAGACUAACUGGAUCAUCCUCUUGCGCUACGACGUCGUGCGUCAUCGUAACACACAAUGCGUCAAACCGUUGAAUUGCAACGCUACGCACUAAUGAGGUAUCGCCCUAAGUUAUUUCUUGUUUGAGAGAAUGCAACGGAUGCUAUGAACAUGUCUAUCACUUUCCCUGUCUGGGGAUAGCAUUACUCUCCUGAGUAAAUAUGUUCCUUGGCAUUACUUUGGCUCCCAUUAGUUAAGAAUCGGUGUACAAAAAUAUAAACACCCAAUAAUUUUAUUAUUUUCAAUGUUAGUGAUAUUUUUAUUUAGAAAUGUGUAAGUCUUUUUUUAUUUUAAUAAUAAUUUAUGUAUAAAUAAUAGGCGAGCUUUCAUUCGGAAAGAUACAGAUUUAGUUGCAAUUAGAAUGUUUGUAUAGUUGCACUUAAUUUUACUUUAAUAUGUACAUAAGAAGUUUUUUUAACAAAAAUAAUAUUGUAAAGGGUUGUUUAUUGAAACAGUAUGCAUAAUAUGCCUAUCAAAUAGUUCAAUCUUCAUUGCCGUUUAGUUAUUUGUGACAUAUAAUAAAUAUUUAAAGGCUAAUUUACUCUGUGUUCUUAUAAUUUAAAGGGCCUUCAUAAUUUUUGACAGUGAUAAUAUGGUAAACUUUUUCAGAGCUUUUGUGUAUUGUCGUUGCUUUGUCUGAAUAUCUUACCUAUAAUAAUUUGUGAUUAGCUUAACUGAACUGUUAAUUACGAUUGUAAUCUAUGUAACAAAUGGAGCAUGACUGUAUAAAAAAUCAAAAAAAGAAAGAAAUAUAUUAAAUUGGUUACAAGCA